UCCUCUGUCGGCCGCUAUAUAACGAAAAAGAAGAAAAGUAAUAAGAGAGACUCUUCACACCUCGUCGUAAGUGAAUUUCGCGAUCGUUCUCUCUCUUCAAAAUCAUUGCUAUUUCUUCUCAUUGAAAAAUGGGUGGAAGUCGUGGUGGAAGCUUGAUGGAUGAUGAUUGGGAGCUAACUGCCCCCUCCAACGCGGUUAGUACUGUUGUUUUGGUCGGACGAACGGGCAAUGGGAAAAGUGCGACUGGAAAUAGCAUCCUUGGGCAGAAAGCUUUCAAGUCAAGAGCCAGUUCUUCAGGUGUUACCAGUACUUGUGAAUUGCAGAGAACUGUUCUAAAAGAUGGUCAUGUCGUGAACGUUAUUGACACUCCUGGGCUAUUUGAUUUCUCAGCGGGAUCUGAUUUCAUUGGCAGAGAGAUCGUCAAAUGUAUUAAUUUGGCCAAGGAUGGGAUUCAUGCGGUUCUUGUGGUUUUUUCAGUUAGGACUCGCUUUUCCAAAGAAGAAGAGUCUGCAUUUGAGAGCUUGCGAACCUUUUUUGGAGAUAAAAUUAAUGAUUACAUGAUUGUAGUAUUCACUGGUGGAGAUGAACUCGAAGAGAAUGAUGAAACAUUGGAAGAUUAUCUGGGUCGAGAGUGUCCUGAGCCUUUACAGAAACUUCUCCAGCUGUGUAAAAACCGAGUUGUGCUUUUUGAUAACAAAACUAGAGAUGAAGCAAAGCGGAAUGAACAAGUCCAAGAACUACUCUCCUUGGUACACAUUGUCGUAGAAGAAAAUGGCGGACGUCCAUACACUGAUAAGGUUUUCAAGGAACUCAAGGAAGGAGCUAUAAGGUUGCAUAGGCAAAAGGAAGAGGUUGAGGCUUUGAAGGGGUACUCCAAACAGGAGAUAUCAGAAUUGAAGGAUCAGAUGUAUAGAUCAUAUGACGAGCAGCUCAAACGAAUAACUGAGAUGGUUGAGUCAAAGCUAAGAGAGACUACUCAAAGGCUCGAAAAACAGUUGGCUGAAGAACAAGCGGCUCGAUUGGAGGCAGAAAAGCUCGCUCACGUGGCUCAAAUGAAAUCGAGCGAUGAGAUUCGUCAGCUUAGGGAAAGCCUGGAGAGAGCACGGCAGGAGACUGAGGACCUGCGAAAGCAGGCCGAAAGUGGUAGAUGUGCCAUUCUAUAAUGUUAUUUUUUGUUCUUGCCUCCAAUACAUGCUCAUGACACUACCCACUUUUUAAAAUUACUAGAUGCUUUGCCUUGUGCAGUAGUUUUAUGUACAGGUCGUAUGCAUACUUAGUCAAAUGUCGAGUCCGCAUUACAUUUACCCUACUAUACAGUUCCAUAUAUAUAGUCCUUUAUAUUCA